AUGAGCAGGCAUAUCUGUUGGAUUUGUAAGCUAUGCAGACAUGAAUCUAAGAGACUCCCUUCAAACCUUACUUUGGAUGAAGUUUUAAAAUGGGCCCAAUCUUUGGAAAGUCUGAUGGCUACAAAAUAUGGCCCAGUAGUGUACACAGCAUAUUUAAAAUUGGAGCACAGUGAUGAGAACAUUAAAUUCUGGAUGGCAUGUGAAACCUACAAGAAAAUUGCUUCACGGAGGGGCAGAAUUUCUAGAGCAAAAAAGCUUUACAAUCUCUACAUUCAGCCACAGUCUCCUAGAGAGAUCAACAUCGACAGUACAACACGGGAAGCUAUCAUCAAAAGCAUUCGAGAACCCACUCAAAUGUGCUUUGAAGAGGCCCAAAAGAUCGUAUACAUGCAUAUGGAAAUGGAUUCUUAUCCCAGAUUUUUAAAGUCGGAGAUGUACCAAAAACUAUUGAAAACUGUUCAAUCUAAAAGCUCUUGAUUACUACCCAGAAGUUUAACCUGAAGAUGGCAUGUUGCAAGUCCCAGCUUUAUUUAGAAAAAAAAAGACACAAAAUGAAAAUGAAGUUAGAACUGAAACAGAAACCAAGCUAUAAGUUGAUCUCUAGCUCCCAAGGGAAAUUCAUUCCAAAACUGAAGAACUCCCAGAUUCUGUAACACAAUUUAUAGCAUAUGUACAGAGAGGAAUUAACAGAGAAGAAAAAAGAAGCUUCCUUUUAUCAUAUAAACACUAUAAUAUUUUUAUUAUACUAGGCAACUAAUGGUAUUUUUCAUUAAAGAAAUUUGGCUGUCAUAGCAUAAAUAACUGAUUUUUAAAACCAUUGUUCUGUGAAUUUUGUUUCUAUGUAUUCUAUAGAUAUGCUCAGAAUAUCUUGAAUUAGUAUAUAAACAUAUUAGUCAUAAUAUAAUCAGUUGAAUUUUAACAUAAGCAGUAUUGAAAAUAUAUUAAGAGGGAAUUUAGCUGUAAAAUUUUCCUUGUAGCACGCCC